AUGUCAUAUGGUCCACGCGCUUCUCAGCUAUGCCUGUUGUCAUCCCUACCCACGAAAUACGUGGGCGACAAGGUGAGAUUUCUGGGCUGCGUGGUAUCUUAUUCGACAGUCUCUGGAGUCCUUGCGCUCGAGCACCGUAUACCUGGAGAAUCACACUCUGUGACCGCUCAAGUGGACGUCAAUAUGGUUCUUCAAAGCCUCGGAUCCGAACAGAUCCGCACGGGAGAAUGGGUGAACGUGAUCGGAUACAUUACCGAGAUAGCCCCUUCAACCGACGACGGGGAGCGUGACUCUAGAAGGACAACAGUUCAAGCACAGGCCGUUCUACUAUGGUCAGCCGGACCUUUCGACUUGCGAAGGUAUGAGGCAUCCAUCAUGGCCCUGGAGCCGGCCGGCACCACCCGCGAACGCGUCGCUUCGUGA